AUGUCAAUAAAGGAAGCACUUGCAGCAUAUAAGGUGCCUGAUAACAUAGAUAGGAGAUGCCUACCUGAGACUGUAGCGCGACCAAUUUCGUCCAAUUAUUAUGUACAAACAAGUUUCUGGCGUCUAUGGGAUCCAAGCCUAGUGAGUACGUUCAGUGAGUCUUGUCGAAAGGUGCUUUUUAAGAAUAAUUACCAUAUUCUAUUAUGCCACCGACGGAUAAUUGUCGUGGACAAGAACCAGCAGCCCUUUUCCUUUCCUCCUUUCAGUUGUGCCAUUAAUGAUGUACAUAUCGAAAAAGCUAGCAGCCGAUGCUUGCUUGUAGUCGUUGGCCUGACAGAGGGCGUUUUUACUGCAUUAGUUCGCCACGAGGAUCAUCAGUAUUAUGUCAAAAAGACAUUUUUCACUCCCACCAGCACAUCAAUCUCUAGAAUUCACCGCCUGAAAAAAGACCUUUUUGGUCUUUGCUAUGAAAACUGUUCCGUACAAAUUUUGUCUCUUCAGCUAUUAGGUGACGAACUUGAUGUUUUCUUAUACAAGGGUAUCCGAAACUGGUAUGCAAUAGGCUUAAGCCUUUUUUCACGAAAGAUCCACAGGGAUAGUCUUUUUGAUCAAACUACCGGGUACAUGAUGGUGCUUUCAGACAAGGACCUUUCACUAUGGACGUGUGCCGAGGAUGGAGAAUUUCAUGUUCAAUCUUCCUUGGACUUAAAGAAAGAGGCAGUGGCUGUCCUCCCUAGCAAUGUUAAGGGAAUUGUGGCGGUAGUGGUUCUGAGCUCUGGCGACCGCGUACCUGUAUCCGUACACCAAGCUUCUAAGAGGCCUCGGGUGGGGCUGUUAAAUUCCUAUACUCUUUCUUUGGAGGCUGAGAAAGUGGUAAAACUACCCGCAAGUAUCAGCGUUAUCAGUGUUUCUCACGCGUGCACUGGUGCCAACACUAUUAUUAUGUAUGAUGAACUAACGAUGUCCUUAAUCACAAUAGUUCAAAAUGUACAACCUUUACCCCUGCAUGAACAUUCAAAUUUUCGUGCUGAUGUUGUUUCCCAAAUUAACCUCAAUGAGAAAGCAUGCAGUCUGAGUUUCGAAGGGAAUCCAGGAACUUCUGAUCGUGGGAUAUUUUGGGUUUAUAACGAUCGCAUGUCCAUUAUGGGCCUGAAGCGAGUAUCAUUGAGCAAGUUAAUGAGGGAAAAGUAUUUAAACUCAAAAAUAGAAGGUGAGAAGUUGCUAGCCAAGCUAAGUCCUGAAUAUUAUGCUGAGCUUCUAAUUGAUGCGGCGCUAGGUGGGUUUCCAUUAGAGAGGGUAUCGAGCAGCUUGAAUGCUCUUUUACUUCCCGUUGUAAAGAAUCAAUCCACUCUCCGUCUUUCCCCGGCUGUAAUUGGCUUUACCAACUUCAUGAUAAGAGAGGUGGACAAACUAAACGAGAUUUGUUCCUCCUCCUCAUAUUGGGAGCAGAUAAAUGAUAUUAAUCGGUCGCGGCAGCGUCUAUUACACGGUUGCACUGCGCUUUCCACAUUUCUUCUUCAGAAUGGAUGGCUAGACAGCACCACCGAUCUUUCUCUAAAGUGGUCCUGUUUUGAGGCCCAUAGCCAUCAUUCUAUCACGGAACGCACCGCCAUCGACGCCCAGGCCCAGUAUCUUUGUACCUUAUUAGACCUUUCCAAGCACGCGAGCAUUCUCGCUUGGCUCUAUAUGCUUCUCAUCGAGGCCGGUAAGCCUGAGUUGUUCAACCGCACGCUCUCGCAAUCCCUCCGCGAUGAAGAUCCCACCGAGUUUGAGGUGCGCUACACACUCGAUUUACUCUCCUGCCGGGAUCUCAGGCUCACGGAAAAGCUUUUACAUGAGGUCCAGUUAUUGCCACCAAAAGCACAGCUGGCGGUGCGCAUCCACUCUUGGGUUCAGCGUGGGAAGCCAGUGGAGGCCAUGAAGGCGGCAAAGGAGCAUGCAGAUGUGAUUCGUAAGUUUGGGUUGUUUGAGUAUGUGUGUGAUUUGCUUGAACAAACUAACGCGGAGGUUUUGCCGACAGCCCACCUCCUACUGGAUCAUUACCGCUCGGAUCCAAGAGGUUCCAGCAAACUACUCACGAUGCUUGAAAAUCUUUCAUUGUCUGGAGGUCGUUUAAAGCAAAACUUAAAAUACAUCUUUGACUCAAACGAUCAGUCUCACCUGUGGGACGUUAUCUUUAAUUGGAUGGAGCAACACGAUCUCACUGAUGAACGCAUUGAAAUCUUUGCUUCAUUAGUCGCCGAGUAUCGAAAAGAUAUUAAUUUUACUGGUACUCCAACAGGUCGUUUUUUCUACUGCUGGAGCCAAGAAGGACAGGGGAAUCAUCUCGUUGCCGCAAAGUUGUUCGGUGAGCUUGCCCGUUCAUCUCACGUGGUACCCUUAUCUAUUCGUCUCAUAUGUAUUCAACAUUCCCUUCAAAAUGCCUCAUCUGAUGUGGAUAAGCUCACGCAGUUCCUUUUACUCCUCCAAAAGCAGUUGAUCGAGUUAUUGAACAGGCACCUGAAGAGCCGUACGGGUGAAUUUGUUUGCACGAAGGCCGAGAUUGAGUCUGAUAUAUCUUUACUUCAGCAGCAGUGCUUGGAGGAACGGAACCUAUUUGAGAUUGCUGGGCGUUAUCAGGCGCUGGGUGGCGCCAGUGUACAGCUAGAUAUCCUUAAAAUCAAUUCGGUGUACCCUGAAGAGGUUGUUUCGUGUGCAGUCCUUGGCAUGAUCACGUUCCUGAAAGCGGUAGGGUUAACUGCUGAGGAGGCGGCUAAACGGGUACUGCAAGAGUACUUGCCGUCUUUUCAAGAGCGCUUCCCGAUUUAUCAGAUCAUACUUUUUCUUUCAUUUGACGGGAAAGAAAUUGGGGAAAUUGUCAAGACGUUACUUAGAAACGAGGUUUCCCCUAUUGCUAUUUUUGCUGCGCUAUCACGUUUAGUGUAUGAUCAUGGGAAGAAAAAAUUUUCUCUCGGUAACACAGUGCAAGAAUUGGUCUUGAUUAUUCAGCGUAUUCCAGUGGAAAAUCGUUCGGUCUACAUUUCACACCUCUUACAGUGCAUACGAGGUAUCUUGGUUAGGGAGUACCAUGCAGUUGAGUUAACUCAAUCUGAUAUGGUUGCUCUAAAGACAGCCGAAGAGACACUUAUAAAUAUGCCAUAA